UUCUCGCUCGACAUGUGAGGAUGUUGACAGACUGCCAGGGCGAAGGCAGGCCAGGUAAUGGGGACACACCUUCCCCUCUCACUACACUACAUGUUACAGCAAGCAUGACAAAUCAAUGGAGAGAGAGACAGAGAGAGAAAGGAGAGAGUGAGUGUGGGUGGGGGGAGAACGUGGAGUUAAGAGAGAUUGAAAAGUAAAGGAAGAAAACAUAACAUUCACACCAUCUUCAGACGUCUUUUCCAGCUCUUGGUGUCUUCUUUCUUCUGUUGGGAUAUACAGUCCGAUGACCUGGUAACUAAAAUGGCCCCGAGUAACAGUUUUCCUCUCAUGAACAACUCCACACCCCGUGGUGGAGUAAAUGAAACCAUUGUGGAUAAUCAAAUCGCCACCGCUAUGGGUGCCCUCAUCCUAAGCAUCGUCUUUCUCUUGGGCUUCCCUGGAAAUCUCUUCAUUAUCUGGAGCAUCCUGGCACGUGCCCGAAAGCAGUCCAUCACCACCCUUCUCAUCCUCAACCUAGCUAUCGCAGACGGAUCUCUGAUGGCUUUGACCCCGUUCUUCAUCAUCUACCUGGUUAUGAAGAAGUGGGUGUUUGGGAAUGUGAUGUGUAAGAUCCUCUUUUACCUCUGUCUGGUCAACAUGUACGCCUCCAUCCAGCUCAUCAUGCUGAUGAGCCUCUACAGGUUGGUGGCAGUGCUGUGGCCGCAACGCGUCAGUGCCAUCACGGGCCAGAGGACUGUCCUGCGGAUGCUGGCGGUGGUGUGGGUGCUGGUAAUGGUCGCCUCUGUUCCUGCAAUUGUCUUUAGAGAAGAAAAGCUGAAUGAGGGUCGCUGGGUGUGUGAUUCAUACCAUGAUUCAAACAACCAGGUGGUCCUCCAGUACACGUUGGAGCUCGUGUUGGGGUUUUUAAUUCCCUACGCGAUCAUUGUAUUUAGUUACAUCUGCAUCUUGCGGAAGAUCCGGCAGACCAAGUUCCGCCGUCGCAUCCGAAGUGAGAAGCUAAUCCUGGCCAUUGUGGUGACCUUCUGCAUCUUUUGGUUACCCUACCAUGUCAUCAACAUGGUGCAAGUUACAGCGGCUUUGUGUCGAGACGGUACAGCAAAAAAGAUACUGGAUAAUAUAUGGCGCAGGAGCCGUGCUGUCACCUCAGCCGUGGCGUUCAUGAGCAGCUGUGCCAACCCGGUGCUCUACUUCUUCGCAGGAAAGUCCUACAUCCGGCGAGAAGGGCUGGCGUUCAUGGCCCGCUUGUUUGAGGGCACAGGGCUGGAGUCAGUCACCCGGAAGAGUCGACAGAACAGCCAGAACAGUCGUGACAAAGACAAAGACGCAGAUGCCGUCAUGCUGAAAGACAAAGAUCAGGACUCUGUUACCAACUCGAGCUCUAAUGUCAAACCAGUGAAGAAUGGUAAGUAGAGGACAUGGGAGGCAGCAGGCUUGAUGCUGGUGUUGUUUCUCUGAGGCAGAAAGGACACAGGCCUUUAAAUCUCUCCUCCAUCUACUCAAUAACUGAAAAAUGGAGCAAAAGUUCAUUAAAACUGUAUAUAUGAGCCCUGCUCUGCUCUGAACUUUUCAUGAGGAAUCACUGGACCGUUAUUAAAAACGCUUGAAAGCCCCCUCAUCCCUCACCACCCCAAAAACUCUUUUUCAUUCAAAAUCCAUCCCUCAAAGAGAGGUGGAGCCUUAUGUUUACUGUACAUGUUUACUGUAAUGUUAAUAUGAAUUUGUCUUGCAACACUUUCCUGUGUCAUUUUGAUCUUGCAAUGUUUUAUUUGUAAAGAUGUAAAGCCUAGAACGGUCUAGAUGAACUGAAACAAAGAAUAUUGUUUAAGGGAACAUAUCAUGCUUUUUGUGAUUUUCUGUUGUUUUUAUACUGUUAUGAUGUUGGAUAUGUAUGUUAAACAUGGUCAAAGUUGAACAUAUGAUUUAUUUACAAAAUGUUCCCUGAAAGUCAAAGGCCAGGGCUCCAACCUGCUCUGAAUGGUUCAUUUGCAAUUUUAUCUAUACUUCCUCCUUGUGAUGAUGUCUGAUAAUUCGUGCAUGACCGCAAAUGGUCUUCUGUUCCGUAAGCCUUUGUUACUACGGUUGUUGCUAAGGAUGUACAAAGUUUGCUACAAGCAACCCCUUUCACAUUGCACAUGUCAUGUAGUCAUUUCAUCCACUGUUAAUAUAAAAAUGUUGAUCAAUACAGUUUUAAAGUGAAAACCCUAAACGGAAUUUUUGAUAUAUCACA